UGGGCUGUGCCUCUGGACUCCAUCGUCCCUGCCUUCUCGACUGGUUCUGUCGUCCACCCAUGCUCUAACCCUCCCCUCCUCAUCGAAGCCUCUUCCUCUGCCCCACGCUCCUGUCCCGACCUCGCCUCCUGGCCCUCUCCUGCCCUGCCCUCCCCGGGGAGCGGCCCCUCUAGGGCCCUCUUCUCUCCCUUUUAUUCACGGCCACGGUUAAUGCACCUGGCCCAGCUGCCCCGGGACACCAGCUCCGACGGGCUUGGACCCUGCUUGGCUGUCGCCACUCCCUCUACUUUCCUGAGACCACAAGUUCUUAAGAAAGAAAAAUUAUGA